AUGAAAGAUAUCAGAAGCUUCCUAGGACAUGCUGGGUUCUACAGGAGGUUCAUUAAAGAUUUCUCACAGAUAGCAAGGCCGCUAACACGCCUAUUAUGCAAGGAUAUUAACUUUGAGUUCACAGAGGAGUGUCACAAGGCUUUCACUAAGAUCAAAGAGGCAUUGGUCAGUGCGCCAGUGGUUCAACCUCCAAACUGGGAACUACCUUUUGAGAUAAUGUGUGAUGCAAGUGAUUAUGCAGUAGGAGCAGUGCUUGGACAAAGAAAAGACAAGAAGCUACAUGUGAUCUAUUAUGCCAGCAGAACGCUUGAUGAGGCACAAUGCAAGUAUGCCACAACAGAAAAGGAGCUUCUAGCUAUUGUCUUUGCAUUUGAAAAGUUUCGAUCAUACUUGGUGGGAUCAAAAGUUAUAGUUCACUCUGAUCAUGCAGCAUUAAGGCUACCUGAAGAAUCAGUUUAUGCAGCUGAAGCUAGCAAUAAGCAUGGACAACUAGGCCAUCACAGGCCAGGAACAAAGAUCUCAUCAUCAAACACACCAUGGUUUCGCCACAUAGCAAACUUCCUUGCAGCUGAAUACCCACCACCAAACUUCUUUGGCUACAGAAAGAAGAAGUUUCUGCGUGAUGUAAGAAGGUACUACUGGGAUGAACCUUACUUAUACAAGAAAUGUUCAGAUGGAAUGUUUAGAAGAUGCAUACCUGAGGAAGAAGUAGAAGGAAUAUUGUUUGCUUGUCAUAGUUCUAGCUAUGCAGGGCACUUUGCCACUUACAAGACAGUAUCCAAGGUCCUACAAGCUGGAUUUUGGUGGCCAACUAUGUUUAAGGAUGCUCAUGCAUUCAUAUCAAGAUGUGAUGCUUGCCAAAGAAUGGGAAAUAUAAGCAAGAGGAAUGAGAUGCCACAGAACUUUAUACUAGAAGUUGAAGUUUUUGAUGUUUGGGGCAUUGACUUUAUGGGACCUUUUCCCAACCUCUUUUGGCGACCAAUACAUUCUAGUGGCAGUUGA